CCCUCUCCUCCCAUCUCUCCUCCCGCUGCGCUGGUGCCAUGGCAACGGAGUGUGCCCACGACCUGGGUUCCGGAAGCAGAAGAGCUAGAGCUUGGAAGCUGCCCCGGUCAAAGGAUGCUGAGUCCGGAGCGUCUAGCCUUACCGGACUACGAGUAUCUGGCUCAGCGACAUGUCCUCACAUACAUGGAGGAUGCAGUGUGUCAGCUACUAGAGAACAAGGAAGAUAUUAGCCAAUACGGCAUUGCCAGAUUCUUCACUGAAUAUUUUAACAGCGUGUGUCAGGGAACUCACAUUCUCUUUCGAGAAUUCAGCUUCAUCCAAGCCACCCCUCAUAAUAGGGCAUCAUUCUUACGCGCCUUCUGGAGAUGCUUCCGAACUGUGGGCAAGAAUGGUGAUUUGCUGACCAUGAAAGAAUAUCACUGUCUGCUGCAGCUACUGUGCCCGGAUUUCCCCCUGGAGCUUACGCAGAAAGCAGCCAGGAUUGUGCUCAUGGACGACGCCAUGGAUUGCCUGAUGUCUUUUUCAGAUUUCCUUUUUGCUUUCCAGAUCCAGUUUUACUACUCAGAAUUCCUGGAGAGCGUGGCCGCCAUCUACCAGGACCUGCUGUCAGGCAAGAACCCCAAUACAGUGAUAGUGCCAACAUCAUCCAGUGGGCAACACCGCCAGCGGCCUGCCAUGGGCGAGGCCAGCAUGCUGGAGGGGGUGGAGGCGUCGCUGUUCUACCAGUGCCUGGAGAAUUUGUGUGACCGACACAAGUACAGCUGCCCACCCCCAGCACUUGUCAAAGAGGUCCUAAGCAACGUCCAGAGACUCACCUUCUAUGGAUUCCUUGUGGCUCUCUCAAAGCAUCAUGGAAUCAACCAAGCCCUAGGUGCUUUGCCUGACAAAGGGGAUCUGAUGCACGACCCAGCCAUGGACGAGGAGCUGGAGCGCUUGGGAGUGUGGUGGUCCCAAUCUCAGAAAGGAGGCAUCUUGCUGUCCUCUGGGCUUCUUCCCUCCUUCAGGCUGGCCCAGGUCCCGAGCCUGGUGAACUCGGUCACUGCCACACCAGAGGCCAGCUGCCUGCCUUCCCGGACCCCUCCCCGGGUUGGCUCCCCCUGGAGGCCCCUCCAUCAUGCCCGCAGAGUGGAUGCAGAGAGCGAUGGUUCCACCGAAGAGACAGAUGAGUCCGAGACUUGAGGCGUCCGAAGGGUCCCACCUUCACAGCCCCGACCCCCACCCUGCCCUUGGGACUUCCACCCAACUUCAUCUACUGCGCCUGUGCCAUGCUGCCCCCUGCUGGUAAAAAGACCGAGUAACAGCCACAACCCAAAGACCUGUCCAAGAGGUUGCGGUCAGCCAGCAGUGUCCCUUGAAAGUUAACAGCCUGCUCUCCCUGGCCCCAUCAGUCUCUUGCACUAGUCAGGCUCCAGAUUGACUGCAGGAGCCAUGACAAGGGCACCGGGAAGGUGCCUUCUGGCGUUAGCCUCCUUCCGACAGCCCGCCAUUAGGUCCAUCUCUGCAGCAGCUGCAGGAAGGGCAACGCAGUGAAUAGCCAAGCAGGGUAACUACACCUGUGGUUCUGGAGUAGCCACUGGCCACAGACAGAGAAGGGUGGGCAAGACGACAAACUCACAAACUGCUUCAAGUCUCCUGUGUCUUAUAGUUAACUAUGUGCAAUGAAUAAAGUCCCUGUGUCUGGUAA